GAUUCAUUCUGCGCUGGCGGAUGGUCAAGGGAAGCCAGGGGAAAACGCUGGACAUUUGAUCUCAAGAAAGUGCAGCCUUUUAUUGAGCACAACGAAUGCAUCACAGAGAGCAUUUCGUUCAGAGAAGGUAUCAUAGAGGAACAAAUCCUUUUUGGGAGACUGUUCAGCAACUGUUUGGCUAUUUGAUCUUAUGCGCGCAAGUAUCGAGCUAACUUAUUACAUCAAAUGGAUUCAUUAUUUAAUUGUCUUCAACAGUCUCUGUUUGAUGCGCAUGGUUGGUUACAGUUGAACGAGUUGUGAUGGUGGAUUAGAAUAAUUGGGCGGACACUUACUGUUAACACGUUUGUGCGUAAAUGAACAGAGGAAUUGAUAACGAAAACUGGCAGUGGCCCUUCUCUGUGCUUGGGGAGAAUUCGGGUGGGGGACACGCAGCCGAUUUCAUGUUUGCCACAAUAUUGGUUUAUUCCCCGCAGCAUUGACGUAAACAAGAACAUACAACUCUGUAAUAUUAAGUUAUAAUUACUCUCAAAUGUCAAUACGCAAAACACGUAAAAUGUGAGUUAUGUAUGCAAAUAAGGAAGACCCGAAGUUGUUUCUAUUCCAAAGAGCUUUCGUUCACGUUGACUGCCAUUCCAAUUUCCUUCAAACGCACGUCCUUCACCGGCAGACCUAUUUAAUCAGUUACACAUUUUAUUUGGUGUCAGUGAGUGGAUACCAAUUUUGCACAAUAGGAGCAACAUUUAAUACAACCAUUUAAUCGAGUCUAUCGUCAUUGCAUCUAUUUACAAAGGCAACCAUAGGCUAUGUCUAAAUGCGGGUUUAAAGACCCCUAUUCCAAAGCAGUCGUGCAAAUGGCUUCAUUCCCUGACUCCGACUUGACUACAUGCCCCCUAUGCAAACAACUGUGCUGCUCCUCUGCUCCACUCUCCUCCAACUCUUCUACCUCCUCCUCCUCCUCUCAUACCUCAACUAGCUCAUCUACCUCAUCUUCCAGAAGGCUCCACGUCCUCCCAUGCCUCCAUGCCUUCUGCAGGCAGUGUCUGGAGGGCCAGCGGAACCCCGGAGACCCCUUGAAACUCCGGUGCCCGACUUGUGACCUAAAGGUUCUAAUGCCUGUAUCAGGAGUAGAUGCCUUGCCCUCCUCAAACUUUUUAUUUAGCAACAUGUUGGAUGCCGUGGUAAAUUUGUCUGAGGAGCAAAUCAACAAUACUGUUAGCAGCAGGAGCAACAACUUGUCUCACAGACACAGCAGAGAGCCCCUGUGCAGCUCUUGCAACGAGGGCAAUCCCGCUACCUCUCACUGCCGAGACUGCCAGGAGUACCUUUGUAACAACUGCGUAUGGGCACACCAGAGGGUCCGGCUUACCAAAGACCAUUUCAUUGAUAGACUAGUGGAGAGUCUGUUUCACCAACACCUGGGGAACCGAACCAACAACUCUAACAACACUCCUACUGCCACUCUGAGCCGGUCCUCCUUCCAGUCGAGCUACUCUCUGCUGCCUGUCUUUCAGGACAGAGAGCAUGACAAUGCGGUUCUGCAUUUCUUCUGUGAUACGUGCUCCGUGCCUGUCUUUAGGGAGGCCAGUGUGGGUUGUCACUCGGGCCACAGAAUCCUCUACCUCCAGGAUUCCCUGCAGGACUCCAGGACCCUCACCAUCCAGCUGCUGGCAGACGCCCAGCGGGGCAGGCACGCUGUACAGCUGAGCAUUGAGAAAGCACAGACCGUUGCUGAGCAGGUGGAACUGAAGGCCAUGGUGGUCCAGUCAGAGGUCAAAGCCAUCACACAGCGUCAUAAGAAGGCCCUGGAGGAACGAGAGUGUGAACUACUGUGGAAAGUUGAGAAUAUCCGUCAGGUGAAAGCCAAGUCCCUCUAUCUCCAGUUAGAGAAGCUGCACCAGAACCUGACCAAGCUGGACAGCACCAUCUCUACAGUAACCCAGGUCCUAGAGAAGGGCAGUAGUCUGGACCUGCUGCUGGCCAGAGAGAGCAUGCUCCUCCAGAUCACAGAGCUUAAGGCCCUCAGGGAGCUGUUACUGCCGCAGGAUGAUGAUCGCAUCCUGUUCACCACCCCUGACCAGACCUUGCUCCUCGCCAUCCAGUCCCUAGGUCUGGUCAGCUCCGGGGCCUUUGCCCCCCUCACCAAGGCCCAGGGAGAGGGGCUUUGUCGGGGCUUGCAGGGUAAGCAGGCUUCCUUCACUGUGGUGGGGUAUGAUCAUGAUGGAGAGCUCAGGCUGUCUGGUGGGGACGGUGUGUCAGCUGUGGUGGUGGCGUCCGAUGGUAACCUGCUAAACGCUGAGGUGACCGACCAUAAGAACGGGUUGUACACGGUCAGCUACCUGCCCAAGGUAGAAGGAGAACAUCUGGUGUCAGUCCUUAUCUGCAACCAGCACAUCGAAGGCAGCCCCUUUAAAGUGCUGGUCAAGUCUGGCCGUAGCUAUGGAGGUAUCCCCUUGCCGGUGGCCUCGUUCGGCAGGGAGGGGGACGAAGAUGGGCAGCUGUGUCGCCCCUGGGGUGUGUGUGUGGACAAAGAGGGCUACAUAAUCGUAGCUGACCGAAGCAACAACAGGGUGCAGAUCUUCAAGCCGUGCGGUUCCUUCCACCACAAGUUUGGUACGCUGGGCUCCAGACCAGGACAGUUGGACCGACCAGCUGGGGUGGCCUGCGACAGCCAGAGGAGAAUCAUCGUUGCCGACAAGGAUAAUCACCGCAUCCAGAUCUUCACCUUUGAAGGCCGGUUCCUCCUCAAGUUCGGGGAGAAGGGAACCAAGACCGGUCAGUUCAGCUACCCCUGGGAUGUGGCGGUCAGCUCGGAGGGAAAGAUCCUCGUCUCAGACACCCGGAACCACCGCAUCCAGCUCUUCAGGCAGGACGGCACCUUCCUCAACAAGUAUGGCUUUGAGGGGGCUCUAUGGAAACACUUGGACUCCCCCAGAGGCGUGGCCUUCACUCAGGAGGACCACCUGGUGGUGACAGACUUCAACAACCACCGUCUGUUGAUCAUCCGGUCGGACUGCCAGUCGGCCCGCUUCCUGGGAUCAGAGGGAACCGGUAACGGUCAGUUCCUGCGGCCGCAGGGCGUAGCAGUGGACCAGGAGGACCGCAUCGUGGUGGCUGACUCCCGGAACCACCGGAUCCAGGUGUUUCAAACCAACGGUAAUUUCUUAUGCAAGUUGGGGACUCAGGGUAGCAGCUUUGGACAGAUGGAUCGCCCAUCGGGUAUAGCUGUUACUCCUGACGGAAGGAUUGUUGCCGUGGACUUUGGAAACAACCGAAUCAUUAUGUUCUAGGCUAGGCAGUUUGUCUGCUGGUUUGCAAAGAAAGAAACAUUGAAGAGGAGAUUUUGAAACACACCCAUCAGAUGCAAAUGUCUUUGUGAGCAAAUGGAGACGGUAAUAUUGAAACUUUACCUUUUCUCUCAGCUUUACCUCUAUUUUGAAAGAGCAAAUCAAUGUAGAACAUGAACCACUGCCAACAAGGGGUAAUUGUCAUAGGCUGACAUUUUGAACCCUAUAGAAGGCCUUCUGUGACAGUAUCUGGCUCGAUAGUUGUCUUUGCUCCUGAUGUGUGCGUCAAAAUCUCUGAUUUUCUCAGGGAAUUUCUUGCAUUCUUGAAAUACUUCCACUGCAUCAUACCUACCUCAUGUAGCUGGGUAUGAAUGUACUCCUUUAUUAUUUGAUGCAGAGAUUUUGCCAGUGGAGUUUUGAUAAAGUAACUACCUCAAUGCAAGAGAAAAGUAUAGUUAACAUGAAGCAACAUUUGGUUGAUAUUUGCACAGAAAGCGCUCACACAUUUUCUCUAAUUGUUACUGUUGACAUAAAGCGAGUGAAAUCCCAGAAUGUUGCUGAGAACAAUGUAUUUCCUGUGUUACAUACAUGUGGAAACGUGGAGUCAGACAUUUUUUAUAAACUCAGCAACUGUUAUUUUUCCAUUUUGUUUUUAAAUAUGCCUCCAUACCUCUGUAAAACCUUUUUUACCUCAUGUCACAACCACAUAGUACCUCAGAACUCCAGUGUCCUCAGGUCAAUAGUAUGCUGAGUCCCAAAUGGCACCCUAUUCCCUAAAUAGUGCACUACUUUUGACCAGGGCCCAUAGGGCACUGGUGCACUAAAUAGCGAAUAGGUUGUAAUCUGAGACUCGUCCUGUAAAAUGGAUUCUCUCCACAAAAUGGCUGCUGCCAGUUUGCUAUAGGCAGGUUGAAUAUUUGAUAUCAGUGACCAUUGUCAGUUCAGUCAGUCGUGUGAUUUCAGGGAAAAAACAUUUAACAUGGAAUUGACCAUCUUGAAUUGGGUGAAUCAUCAGAAUUGUUAUUUUCUGGGCAUCUAUGAAGAAUUGUGACUUGAAACUACUGGCAAUCAUCAUUGUUGUUAGGAUAUAUUAAUCCUGACAUGUAUUCAUUCAUCUAAGGUGUAUUCAUUCAUCUAACUAGUGCAUUCGGCCACAACAUAGUGAAGAUUAGACAAUGACACAUUGGUGUGGGUUAACUUGGAUUUAAUCUCAACCGUGUCCGAACCGGAGUCUAAAUCUAUUUACUGAUAUCCAUUUAGAAAUCAUUGAAAUCUGUGUAGACUAACUUUCCUAAGAGUAGAGGGGUCUAAGAGUAGUGAAGUUUCAUUCUGAUAUUUUUUGAAGAACACCCUUUCUGCACGUUUGGUGGUUUAGAUUGGCACCCUAAUGACGCUCACAUGUUCCUUUCUUUGUGAUCGUUGUUUGAGAAGUCUAUCGUUGCCUCUGGGCCUCGACUAUGUUCCCGUCAAAGUCAUCCGUUUAGCUUUUUUUCCUUCAAAAUAGAAUGUGUCAAUCAUGGGAAACCGCGAGAAUAUUGUUUUAUCCUGGUGGCAAAUAAAAUAAUUUUAAAAAGUAAGACUGACCAGUAAAUUAAGUGACAGCAUUGAUGUUGAUCUCCAUUGCCUCCAUAGUAUUUUCAAUAGAUAUUCUCCGUAGUAACCCCUAGCUGCUUGUCAGUUGCCUGAUGACCCACUCAUGUAGCCUACAGAUGGCUGAGUAACCAAAGCAAAAGGCUCCACAUAAAUAGAAUUCCAUCAGCUGCUGCUCCCACACCCACAUUCACCAUGAUCUGAACUGUGAUGGCAGGGAGUCUGUUGGUCACAUUAGACGUUGUAACAUCAGUCAGCACAGCAGUUCCUCUCUAUUGUAUGUACCUCUGUCUGAGAGAACAUAACCAAACCAGGUCAUUCAUGGUUCCACAGUGGCUAUUAACUACAGAACAUCAAGAACCAGUAAAAAUGCAAAUGUUAAAAUUGAAUUCAUUUUUUUUUCACCAGCUGUAGCCUACCCUGUGUUAUAAACUAGCUGUUCAUAGCUAUUAAUAUUGUGCUUAUAGCUUGAACUGUUAAAGCCAAGUCCCACUCUCCUCCCUCUGUGUCUCUGACUGUGUCUAAUGGGCCAGUAUUUCCUGUCUGUUGAGCCACAUUGCCGCAAGUGCUGGUUUACGAGGAGAGCUCGGUUCUUUUCCAAAUGGCACACUAAUCCCUAUAUAGUGCACUACUUUUGACCAGAGCUUUAUGAGCCCUGGUAAAUAGUAGUGCACUAAAUAGGGACUAGGUUGCCAUUUGGCACACCUCUGUGAGUUGGUGAGGCACCAUAGCUGUAGGUCUCCAGCUGCUCUAACCCCCAAAAGAGCUGGAAGGCAUGCAGCUCGCCAGACACACCUCAUAUCUCUUUUACCUUAAUAAUCACAGCUGGGUGUACAGUGGGACCAGUGAGACGUUGGGCUCCAGACACUGCUUACUCGGUUACACCCCCUUAAUGAUUGAACCAAAAUGGCCACUUUUUAGAUGUUGAGUUUCCAGGUGUUUUAGUGGAUUAUUCACAUUGACACUGUUCCAGUGUUGUAGCUUGUACCUUUUGUUAUACAGGAGAUAAAUUACACUGUUUCUGGGCCAUUUGUGACCAGCAGGAAAGGCAUUGUGACAAAAACAAAUGGUAUAAAUGGAGGUAAUAAAUAUAACUCUUAUAAAAAUGGCACACCGUCACUGUCAUUUAGUUGUUAAGUAUUUCAUUUUGUCCUUGCUGGUGUGACCCCUGGAAUAUAAAAAAAUAAUGAUAUAUAUUUAACCAGGCAAGUCAGUUAAGAACAAAUUCUUAUUUACAAUGACAACCCACUGUUCCCUGGUAGGACAACUGCCUUGUCCAGGGGCAGAAUGACAGAUUUUUACCUUGUCAGCUCAGGGAUUCGAUCCAGCAACCUUUUGGUUACUGAUCCAAUGCUCUAACCACUAGGCAACCUGCCACCCCAUAUGUACCUCAUUAUACAGAAAGAUAUAGGUAUAAUGUACAUCUUUACCUCGGUAUUACUGAGCUACGCCCAUUACCUCAUUGCUGAACUGUUAAUACCUCGUUGGCAUGGUUGCAUUUUUCAAACCUCAGUUGAAUUACAGUUAGAUGUGUGGUCUUAUAAUGUACUGUUGUUACCCUAAAGAAUGGAAAGGGAAGGCUUGGAGAAGUUAUGAACAGUUUGAUCAAGUAGAUUAAACCGAGGACAAUGCUGCUUCAAAUCCACACUGAUCUGAUGUAUUUUCAGUACAUUGUUGGUUCCUAUAUUGUUCCUAUAGUUUGAACUUAAGUUUGCAGUGAAUGUUUCUUAAAAGACCUCAAGGUCUUGACACUUAGAAGACAAGACUUGUAUAUGUUAAUGCAUGAUUCAAAAAGAAAUUGUGGAAAAGAUUUGUCACUGCUUUUUAAUUAUUUUAGGGUUGUAGUAUGUUAGGUUGAGGAGGAUGGCUUCCUUUGACUAUAAGAUUGUAUCUAUUUUAUGAAUAGCCUUACUGGGCUCAAUCAAGUUACCUCAUCAUGAUGUCAAACAACAACAGAGUUCAAACAGAAAUACAUUUACCUUAAAUAUUUCAGUAUUUUAUUAGGACCCUGAUUAGCUACUGCUGAAGCAGUACAUAACACUAUACUAGUAGAGGACAUUCAACAUGUACUCUGUCUAUACUUCCACAGUGGGAAGUAUCACAAAUAAUCAAGAGAACUACCAAGGGCUUAAAGGUAACCUUUGAACUUUGUUAUUUACCUGUUUCUGUAGUUAGUUUUUUGUCAGGUUGCAAAAUUCUGGUAACUUUACAGGUUUUCAAGAAUUCCAGGUUGGAGGAUUCCCAGAAUCAGGAGUGGAUAAAGAGGGAGGGAAUCUUCUAAACGGGAUUUCUGGGAAUUGGGGGAAAGUUUAUUUGCAACCCUAGCCGGAAGUAUACUUUGGGCUCCAUUUGAUCCAUAUGGGGGAAAUUCAGCACUAUAGAGGAAUUAAAGGCAAUGGUCCCACAUUUCGUGGAGACUGGCAGCGUUAACCGUGAAUGUAAUGUCGACUCCAAUCAGAAAUGACCUGUUUCCAUUUUAAUUGCGCUACAGCGCUGAACUUCUUCGGUGCAGAUUAAAUCGAGGCUGUCUAUCCAAACUAUUAGAACUGGUCUGUGUUCCAUCCUCCACAGUAAGGUAUGUGGUUGAGCAGUAUGGGAGGAUUCCAGCAUUAGUACUUUUCCUCUCAUGGAGAUAAACAACCGAAGCCUAUCAGUUCAUAAGAACAUGGUUUUAGAUAAAUUGACUACAUGAUCAUAUUAAAGUCAAACUCCGGUAGGUAUAAUGCUAGUGUUCCACGUUUUGAAAAACUCUCAAUAAGCAGCUUUGACCUAUUCUGAUGAAAAAAAAACGUUUUUAAAAUGACAUAAAUUACAACUUUAAAAUGCUUAAUCAGAUCAUUUUUGGUGGAAAAAAAUACUGACUCAAACAGAUUUGUUUUACUUUUCCAAUGUAUAAUUUUUGUUGGGGUGUCUCAUAGUAUGUGGGGAAAAAAUAUUCUGUAUUGUGACAAUUCUAUGCUGUUGUGAAAUAUACAUUAUACUGUCAGAUGUCUCUGAUCCUUAGUCCUAGUCAGGCCAUUUGAGCAUGGUGCAUGGUGAACGGGGUAUAUUAAUCAUUUGAUACUUUAGGCCAUUUACUCUGGAAUUGUGUUCAACCCCAAAAAAAUUAACUGUAUGAAAAACGUUGAGGUCGUUUGACCCUUAUGUGGGGUUUAUAUAACCUGGAGUUGAGCCUAAAUAUUGUGCCGUUUCAUUUGAAGUGAAAGGGAAGGCUGCUCCAUAUGGAUUCCACUUAUGAGUGUUUGAAAGGGAUAGCAGUGAGAUUAGGGGACCCUAUACCCUCUAUUGACUGGUUGGAAGUGUUGGUGAGCCCUAAAUACCACCCUAUUCCCUAGAGCACAGGUGUUAAACUCAUUCCACGGAGGGCUGUUUGUUUUCACUUCUUCCUUGUACUUGAUUGAGGAAUUUAGGUCACCUGGUUGUCUUAUGUUUUAGCAGAUGCUCUUAUCCAGAGAGACUUGCAGUACUGGUCCCUCGCGGGAAUCGAUCCCACAACCCCGGUGUUGCUAGUGCCAUGCUCUACCAACUAGACGCAUGGAACCUGGGUUGUCUAGGUCUUAAUUGAAAGGAAAAACCAAAAACCUGCAGACACUAGACUAGGCCAUCCAUGGAAUGAGUGACACCCCUGCCCUAUAGAGGGCACUACUUUUGACUAGAGUCCUAUCAAAAGUUGUGCAUUAUAUAGGGACUAGGGUGCCAUUUGGGACUCUAGAAGCAUUCUGAAGGAUGUUAGGCGACUGCUGUUAACCUGCCGUCUGCUUCUCGUCUAUAUGGACUUAACAUUUCCUAUGCAGUUUGGAAUAUCAAUAAAAUGGGAUUAUUGUAUCCAUUUCCUGA